AGUCUGGAAGAAUUAGCUGACGUAAUCCACUCAAGACUGUAUUUUCCUACGUUACCUAGAUGGCACUUCCUCUGUGUAAGCUAACGUUACCUAAUAUUAGCCACCUAAGAACCACAAUAUCAAAACAUUUUACAUGUCAGGCAACAUCAACCACCAACAACCACCGUCUUUCACCCAGGAGGCCGCUCUUCACUUCCCAUAAGAUUGUUAACCUAAACCCGGAUAUUUUUUCUUAAACCCAUCUGUGUGCAUGUGUUGGGUAAACGUAACCACGUGCUUCUGCUGUUAAAGGAAAAAACAACAAUUGCGGUGUUGUACCAAUGUAGUAUUUUUUGAAAUAGACUCUACUGUACAUUUCCUGUGAAAGUUUAAGUGUGUUUUGAAAACAGACAAUGCAUGUAACAGACUUAAGUCGACCCAGCGUCCCAGAACGUCAACAACCAACACACCCAGGGUACCUUGGACAGGAUAGGCAGGUUUGUUGUUUUGUGUUUGUUUGAAUGGGUUGGCACAGCAUCAUAGAUGUUUCAGGUAAAUGUACUUUCAUUUUCGCUAACUUGCACACAUGGACAAACGCACACUUAAGGAGAUGACUGAGGUGUUGGAUCCGUUAGGUAACAUUGUGUCACUUGUGGAUUUUACCUUGUCGUUGUGUUUUAAAAUCUACAAGCUGGCUCAGAAUGUGAAGGCCAACAAGGAACGCUGCCAGCAAGUCGCCCAGAGAGUCAAAGCACUGGAGGAACUGGUUCUUGCCAUCAAAAAAAGAGGGCCAAGACGAAUCUCUGCCACUGUGGAGAACUCUCUGAGGGAACUCUGCACCACUCUGACCUCUGCCAAGACGCUGAUGAAGAAAUACUCUCAAAGUAACGCUUUUAUGAGCUUCGUGAAGUCCAGCAGCCAUGAAGACAAGUUCUACAUGGUGGACAAAAGUCUCACUGAUACCUUCCAGGUCCUGUCUGGGGCUCUACUGAUUGAGCAGGGCGACAUGCUGCACAAGGUGUAUACAACUGUUAAAGCAAGUAGAAAGACUAGAAGACCCAUAAUCCCUACACCUGUGUCCAGCUCCACAGCCGCCAUGACGAUGAACAGCCCCACAACUGCUAUGCCUUUACCCAGCACCAUGCCCACCAUGACGAUGAACAGCCCCACAACUGCUAUGCCUUUACCCAGCACCAUGCCCACCAUGGCAGUGUACGGCCCCACACCUGCUACACCAUACCCCAGCACCAUGCCCACCAUGACGAUGAACAGCCCCACACCUGCUACACCAUACCCCAGCACCAUGCCCACCAUGACGAUGAACAGCCCCACAACUGCUAUGCCUUUACCCAGCACCAUGCCCACCAUGGCAGUGUACGGCCCCACACCUGCUACACCAUACCCCAGCACCAUGCCCACCAUGACGGUGUACAGCCCCACAACUCCCAUGCCUGUCUGCAGCAUCAUAUCUACCUCUAGAUCCUCAAUUUCUCUACCUGGACCCAUGGCCUCCAUUCCUUUCUCCACCAACAUGGCCUCCAAUCCUGCCAUUAACAUCAUGGGCCCAAUGACUUUUUCACCCCAAAAUGCAACUGUUGUAACAACAUAUGGUUACGGCUCUUUUUUCUCUUAAAACAAGGGAAACAUGCUGUAAGAAGUCAAAAUAUUUCUGUGGUACGUGAGGACAAAGAUCUCUCUCCAUGAGCUGCAUGCUUGCACCUCUCACUACAUCUGUCCGUAGUGCAGGGCCGCGCACAGACAUUUUGGGGGGCAGGAAAGGGCACCCCCUUCAUAAUUAUUUCUAAAAAGUUACCUAUAGUAGCACAUCAUAUAUUUACUAUUUAUUUAUUUUAAUGCCCAUAUACUCCAGAACAUUCUCACUGUGACCUCGUCACAUAUCAGCGUUUGGUCAUGAACACGUCCACAUGCGAUGUGCAAGGUACCCUGGGUGUGUUGGAUGUUGAUGUUCUGGGACGCCGUGUCAACUUCAGUCUGUUACAUGCAUUGUCUUCUUUCAAAAUACACUUCUGUUUUCACAGGAAAUUUAAUGUUUACAUACAGUCUCUUUCAAAAUAAAUCCACUACAUUGGUACAACACCACAAAUGUAUUUUUUCCCCCUUCAACAACAAAAACACGUGUUUGGAUUUAGGAAGAACAGGGUUUAGCCUUAGAAUCUCUCGAGAGAAAGUCUGUGUUUACUGGACUCGUCCACCAAUUCUCCCACCUGCCCCAGUCAGACUUUCGCCGCCUUAACUUUCGUCCUUGUCUCCCCGUGUUUCCCCCUGAUGCUGCUGGGCACCAUUAAACUAUAACGUCAAUCAGCCAUGUAUCAUGCCAACGUUAAAGGAAACUUUCUUUAAUUGGUUUCUGACACCUCAAGUCACUGGCAAGCGCCGGAUUUUGACAACUUCAGUCAGUCAGUCAGAUCCAAACUAGCCGAGGCGCUCUGCACACGCUCCACAGUUUUCUCCCCGGGAACUACUAACACUAACCACUGAUGACAUGGUGAAAUCUACAUCAAGAGGUGUGCAUUUUUAG